AUCUUUUUAAGCAAACACGCCGUGUCCAUAAAGUCUCUCGUUGAUUGUCAGGCUGCACAUGGAGGUCACGUCCUGGCUGUUUUUGCUCUUUUGAGCUUCUGCGCGGUCAAAUCGUCUUUAUUGUGAACUAUUAUUAUCAACUUUCAAGAAUAAUCUUCUCUUUAUAGUAGAAGUAUUUUUUUGUUUUCCUCACGCCGCGCGCCCUCACCGAUUAUUUCUCUCUGCCACUUGAAUAUUUGAAGUGACUGUUACAACAGGAAACUGUAUUUUCUCAGCAUGACCUGUGACCACUUCCUCAUCACGCAGUGAGAGAAACUGCCGAGCAAAUAACCUCGGUUUCUAUCCGAGUGGGAGGACUCGGAUAUAUCGUUUUUAUUUUUGGGACUAAUCGAUGCAAAGAGCCACAAAGUCAAAUGCAAAUUUAAGUGUCAUCGAGAAAAAGAAACAAGCGGAGCUGCUGCAGUGAGCAAGAAAAAAAAGAGAAAAAGUCGUGAAAAAAUGUUUCUAUUGAGACGUUCAGCCUCGUUUUUUUUUUAGUAAUAUGAUAUUUUUGCAAGUUCCCUCCAAGCUGCAGUCACAGCCGUCCUCUCCGCAGCCUCGAUGCCCGUCGCCUUCGGUCCCCAGCAAACUCAUCUCUCCCUCGCAGAAGCACGGCAAGAAAGCUUUGAAACAGGCCUUGAAGCAGCAGCAGCAGAGAAACCAGCGCAGGCAGGGGGGAAUGCCCACCACCUCCAGUCCCAGACUGCUUCUGAAAACCAUCAAAGACAUGGCUGACAGCAUUACUACAAAGACUGACUCAUGCCACCCAGUUGUCCCUCGGAAGGUGUCUCAGAGGUCGGGCCGCCUUGGUGCAGGGCAGCUGAAACGCACAAAGUGUAAAAUAGAUGUGGAGACACCAGACUCCAUCCUGGUGAACACCAACUUGAGGGCGAUCAUCAACAAGCACACCUUCUCCGUGCUGCCUCCGGACGGCCAGCAGAAGCUGCUCAAGCUCCUUCCUGAAGUUGACCGGCAGGCUUGCAUGGACGGCCUCCUGAAGGUCACGAGCUCCGCCUUGAACAAUGAGUUCUUCACGUCGGCAGCUCAGUCUUGGAAGGAGAGGCUGGCUGAGGGGGAAUUCACUCCCGAGUUGCAGCUACGGAUGCGCCAAGAAAUAGAGAAGGAGAAGAGAGUCGAGCUCUGGAAGAAAGCCUUCUUUGAAAACUAUUAUGGGCAAAAUUCUGGCUUCAGCUUUGAGGAAUCUAAAGAGCUGACCAAGGCUGAUGUGCAUCAGGAAUCUGCCAGGCCCGGUUCCCCCCCUCGUCCGACUGGACCUGCCGCUCGAGUGCCAGAGGAUCCCGAGGACGGCGGCCUCGAUGCUGCCGCCGCUGUGAAAGACACGAAGCCCACGAAGGAGCCCCCGAAGACGCCGGCUGCUCAGAGAGAGCCCGCCUCCGCCACCGAGCCCAUGAAGACACGGCGAGCUCAGUACGCCGAGGACCGCAGGUUGAACGCCGCGGCGCAGCCCGGGCCGACACCCGCAGCGAAAGCGCCCGAGGGCGAGAGGCCGACUGAACGGGCCGCGGCAGGUGCGCCGCCUGAAAAGGAGCGCAGAGAGGAAGUGAAUUUGGAGGAAACCAAACCCCCCGACUCGCCUGCGAAGAAGAGCCGACCACCGCCGGCUGGUUUGGAGAUAAACGAGGAUCAGCCGGUGUCUGUGGUUAAGCCCGCUGAGGGGAGCAAAGAGGUCGUCUCUGAGCCCAGCGGACCCUCAGAGCCGCUGAAAAGGAAAUCUCUCAGUGAGAUCGGGGAUGAAUUGACACCGGAGAAAAGGCCCCGUGGGUCCUCCGUCUCCUCGUUGUCCUCGGCCUCCUCCGUAUCUCCUCCGGCGUCGUCCAUACCUAGCCCCGCUGCACCGACUUCAACAACCAAUCACAGAGUUCCGCCGCUCAAGAUCCCAGUGGCACGAGUUCCUCCCGUUCCUUUAUCGCCGAGUCAAGCCUCCCCCAGGACUCCCCUCCCGGCCCCGCUGAGCAGCCCGGGCCGCACCGGCGCUCGCACUUUGGCCGACAUCAAAGCCAAAGCUCAGCUCGCACGAGCGCAGCGAGCAGCGGCCGCCGCCGCCGCCGCCGUGUCAUCUGCAUCAAAGGGAGCGGUGCCGGGCCCGGGGCCGGGGGGAGGAGGCGGCGAGCGGGCACAGCCGUCGGCGAGCCCGAGCCCGACGUCCCCGCAGGCGUCCACCGGGUUACCGGCCUCCAGCUGCAGCAGUCGGACCGCUACACCUCCUUUUGGCCAGCUAGACCCAAACUGGUCUCAAACCUCUGACCCCGGCAAAACCGAAGAACGCAAAGGUCAUUCUGCCGGUUCUGUCGGUUCUGUCGGUGCAGGAACCGACAGCGUUGAUACUCGGCACACUCCGUCAUCUGUGCACUCUGUGAAGGGACGGGAAACCCCAUCGCUCGCUGGACCAACCAAGAUCAGCUCCUGUAUCCCCGCAGACAACCCACUGGUCGCCCGGCUUCUGCAGGGCAAUGAGGAUCCGUUGGAGCAGAUCCUCCCAAAACCGCUUUCCGUGGUGGAAGUGAAGAUGUCACACGCACCCUCUGGGAGUAAAGGGACGACGUCACAGUCCGCUGAGCACGGGGCCGAUAAGCUGCUGUGCCACCAGUUCAAUACAGCAGGACGAGCAGCAGCGGUCUCGGAGUACACCAGACACCACAGGGAACUUCCCGAUAAGGAGACCCAAGAGCAGAUCCUGCAGGCUCUGAUGCAGAGGAAAGGCCAGCUGAGCCAGCUGAGCCAGCUGAGCCAGCCUCACGGUGGGCCUCAGCACCCUCAACACAGAGUCCACCAGCUGGUGCGUGCAGAAGACCUCUCCAGGAUUUCGGUGGGAUUUCUCGGUCGGAAGAGGAUUCCCAAGCCCGCCAUGACGGGGCACUACCUGCUCAAUGUGUCCACGUACGGCCGAGGACCGGAGAGCAAGAGGCUGCACCCGUCCGUCAUCCCCAACUUGUCUGUGUCCGGUUUGAAAAGGGAAAGCGCAGAAGAAGAAGAAGAAGAAGAGGAGGAGGAGGAGGAGGAGGAGGAAGAGGAGGCGGCGGCUAAGGAAGAAGAAGAACCCGCCAGGAAAUGUUUCUUUCCCGCUUCGGGGGUUAAAAUGGAGCAGCGCGGGUUCUCGAUAACGAAGUCCGACGAAGCGGCGGGCGUUCGGCAUUGCUCCGACGUAAAGACUGAGCCUGGAUCAGAGGACGGCGCGGCCGGCGUCUACGACGACAACGACGGCGGCGGCUGCGGCGGCGGCGGCGGCGGCGGCGGCGGCGGCGGCUUUCCUCCGUCGCACGCGCGAAGGCACCUCGAACUCCGCAAUAGUAACCAAGGGAACUCGCAGCCAUAUCUUACCCAAGCGGACCCCGUUCACCAGCGGCAGUCUGCCUUUCACACCCAGAGAACGCUCGAUAACCAGGACGUCGUGGCGGCGGCGGCGGCGUGCUACGGCGGCACCAUCAGCAUGUCCGUGCCUCACACCCUAAACCACGGCGCCGCCGGCACGGGCUCUCCCGCGGCCCCGUCCGAGGCCGGCGUCGUGUCUUUCUCGGUGACCGUCACCACCAUACCCGCCGGUCGCUCGUUGGACCGCGGCGACCAGGGCGAGCCCUCGCCCCAGCGCUCGUUCAUCGAGGGCGCCGACAUGGAGGACGUCCAGUCCAAAUGCUACUGCAGGCUGAAGGCCAUGAUCAUGUGCAGCGGCUGUGGCGCCUUCUGCCACGACGACUGCAUCGGCCCCUCCAAACUGUGCGUGUCGUGUUUGGUUGUGCGGUGAUACGGAGCGAACGAGACCGAGGAUAAAAUGGCGGAUGGCGGGUGAAGCGCGAAGCAGGUCAUUGAGAACCAAUCUGGGGUGAAGCGCCUUAGCCGGCGCACUCCGGAUCAAAACUACCAUGUGGCCGCCGUCGGAGAAAAAAAGGAGAGGAUUUACACUGGAUGGUCUUUUUGUUUCAUCGACACGGAUUAAAAAAAAGAGAGAAACGUCAAAUCCGUAUUUUAAUCAAAUCAUUAGUACGUCAGAUGUAUGACGAAUAUAUAAAGUCUGGCAAUGUUUGCACUCGGCUAGGAUUAGUGUGAUAUAUUUUUUUUAAUAUAUAUAAAUACGUAUAUAUGUGUGUGUAUGUAGUUUAACAACAAAGGAGGGAAAAAUGAAUGUUGCUAUUUUUGUAGAACAUAAUGACUGUUUUUAAUACUGACACUUUUUUUAAAUUAUUGGGCCAAAUCAGUUGUGGUUUAAAGGCAUUUAAAAAAAAAAAAAAAAAAAAGGGCGCUAAUGAUAAUCAUUCGUUGUAGAGGACCUCCUGGCAUUUAUGCACGCAUGGCAGGAAAAGUGCAACUCACAGUAACUGUUUUAUAUUAAAAACUGUACAUUUAUUACUGAUAACACGCAUUUAAAAAAAAGAAUACAUGUAUAGUUUUUAGAAAGAAAAUAUAAAUGGACGGCAUUGACAGUUAAAAGGCGAAGCACUUAUAGUAACUGUGUACAGUACUUACAUUCAAACAUAAUAAUUUAUAUAUAAAAAAAAUGCCGUUUGGCAGAGAUCUUUUUCUAGGUCGCUUCCUACUGUGUGAACCUUCAUUUAUCUCCCCCCCCCCAGUUUGUAGAUAUCGUCUCCCGCGAGCGGAGUUUUCUGUAUUGAAAGUGAGAAGGUGACCAUUCACUUUGCUUAUUCACUGUACUUCUCUGCUUAUUUACAGCGUAUGCCUAGAUGUAGAAAUGUAUUUUUUAUUUUUUAUUCGUGCGGCACACUCGUUUUAUUACAAAAUUUUAA